CGCGCUGACAAGUGACACUGACUUUAAUGACGUCUAUCGCCCCGUUUGCUUUAUUAUUGAACAGCUCUAAUAAAUAAGCAAUGAAAAGUUAAUUAAGGGCACGUCGGCUGUUAAAACACCGCACUGAAGGCCCCCGGCCAGUUGGAGUGCCCCCGGAGUGCAGUCGUCAUGUGCCAGCUUUAAGGCGUGUCUGUUUUGUGCGUACUUUCAUGCUAAAAAUACUUCUACAUGAAAUUCCUAAUGGAUUUCAUAAUGCCACCCCUAAAAAUAAGCAAGUGCAUGUCGGACGUGGCCCAGGCCCGCAUCGACAAUUUGUUCUUGACGAAAUUGCCAAGCGAGACGAGCCACAACACCCAGCACACCUGCCGCAGCUAUGUAUCGAAGGUUCUCAACAAUUUGAACGAGCUUCGCAGGCACAACAGGUUCUGCGAUGUGGAGAUCAUUGCCGAAGACAAAAUAUUCCAGGCCCACAGGGCUGUUUUGGCCGCCAGCAGCCCCUAUUUCCAAGCCAUGUUCACGGGCGGCUUAUGCGAAAAGGACCAGCAGUCGGUGGAGCUGCAUGGCAUAACGUCUUACGUUUUUGAAAUUUUGUUAAAUUUUAUUUACUCAGGGGAGGUUAAUAUCACGCAGAAUAAUGUACAGGAAUUGAUGGUGGCGGCCGAUAUGGUGGGCCUGAGCGAAAUUGUGCUGGGGUGCACUGAGUUCUUAAUCAAGGAGCUGCACCCCCUCAAUGCCAUCGGGAUUUACAGGUUCGCCGACGACCACAAUUGGACGGAGUUGAAAACCGCCGCCGUCCAAUACAUAGAAAACAAUUUCCCCAAAGUAUGCAAAGAGGACGAAGUGUACGACUUACACAAAGACACCAUAAUCAAAUUUCUCUCGUCUGAGAAUUUAAAAAUCGACUCAGAGUUCCAAGUGUUCCAAGCGGCGUUGCGAUGGAUCAACCACGAUAUCUUAGGUCGGCGUCAGUACGUCUUCGACAUUUUGAAAAACGUACGACUUCCUUUACUUCCACUCGGUUUGCUAGAAAGGGCCAUAACUCAGUGUAACGACAGUAGUUUGCGAGUCGCCCUCAAGUCGAUCCACGCCGACUUGCUUAACAGAAAAGGUUGUCUUGUUCCGUUAAACGUAACUCCAAGGAAAUGUGCCAAAAAAGACAUCUACGUGAUCGGCGGCUCCAAACGCGAGCUGCACAGCGUCUGGGACCGGGGGCUCGAAAUGAACUACGUAUCCGUGGAAAAAUUCAAUACGUUCAGUAGGGAGUGGCAUAAAGUACCCGACAUGACAGUCAAUCGACUUGUGCCAGGGGUGGCCUCCCUCAACGGCCACAUCUACGUGGUGGGGGGCGAGGAGGGCUCCUCCAUACUGUCCAGUUGCGAAAGGUUCGAGCCCCAAAGCAACCAAUGGACGCAAGUGGCCAGUAUGGUGGUCUCCCGUUGCGAAUUUGGCUUGUGCGCCCUCGAUGGGUACUUGUACGCCAUGGGCGGAUGGGUCGACACUGACAUAAGCGGCUCGAUCGAGCGCUACGACCCGAAAAUCGACGAAUGGAGGCUCGUGGGUAGUUUACCCGAGCCUAGGUUCAGCAUGGGGCUAGUCUCAUACGAAGGUCUGAUUUACAUGGUGGGCGGCUGCUCGCUCAACCAACGCAAUCUCCAGGAUUUGAUGAGUUACAACCCGUUUUCCGGCGAGUGGAAGAAACUGCCGUCAAUGUCCGUGGCGCGUUUCCAGAUGGGCGUGGCCGUUCUAGACGAUUAUCUUUACGUGGUGGGGGGUACGAAUCGGCAGCAGGUCUUGAAUUCCGUCGAACGUUAUUCGUUUAAGACGAAUAAGUGGAGUAUGGUGCCACCCAUGUCCGUCGAGAGGAGUGGCCCGGCGGUGGCGGCAAUGGACGGCCUUCUGUACGUAAUAGGCGGGGCUCAGACCCACGCCACGCCCUUCUACAGGGCCCAGUGUACUAUAUCGUCAGUGGAAUGUUUUGAUCCUAUUACAAAUUCGUGGGCGGAGUGUCCGCCCCUGUCGGAGACUAGGGCCGAGGCCGGGGCUGUAGUCAUAUGAUCUCAGUUUUUGCUGUAAUGACGGGUGAUACAACUAACGAAGUAGUUUUAAUCAUAUAUUUAUUUAUUGUCUGUUUUAUUUACCAAAGAUUUUUAUUUUUGUUUGUAGGAACGUAGACCAAAGGAACUAUAACCAAAUAUGCAUUUAUGUGGCUCUCACGGUUUAUUUAUGUAAUUUUAGAAUAUAUGAAGCAUUAUGUUAUGUGGUAGGAGUUUCGCGCCAAAAAGUUCGAACCUAGUGGUUGGAGUGUUUUGGCGGAAAACUGAAUAUUUAAGACAGAAUCUCAUCAAGUUUUUAUUAAUAGAGCUACCGCUUUGCUUUCGAUUUAUGUCAUGAUUAUGCAUUGCCGUUGACCAAUCUCUACAAGAAAAAUAAAGCGAUUAAUACAAA